AUGAAACUUGAAAAUACUUCUAUGAAAAAGGAAAAGACAAAGAGAAAAUUGAACCAAAAACUUGUAGAUAAAGAAUCUUUUGCCAUAACAAAUAAAACAAAAGGAUCAUCAAAUCAAAGUCGUUUAAAGGAUAAAUCUUUUAAUAAUAAAUCAAAUAAUAAAAGUCAGCCAACCCUCUCUGAAGAAGAUGAUACUGAAUUUUCUAGUGAUGAACCUAAACAGGAAUCAAUGAGACUUUUAGUAGCUGAAAAACUUUAUCCUCUAUGCCCUACCAUCGAAUAUCGUGAUAUGCCUAUUAAUGAAAUUAAUAAAUGCAUUGAUAAGUUUCAUAAGAAAAAUCCAUCCUUUCUAGAAACUGUUAGUGAUUGGGCGGAACGUGAGAUGAUUUGUCGACAUAUAAAUUAUAGACGGUCAAUUCUUAAUCUUAGCGAAAUGCAUAAGAUAAAUAUUUCUGUUAAUAAAGCUAAGAUCCGAAAACCAAAUGAACCAUUAUUGGUAUCCAACAGCCCGAAUAUAGAAAGUUUGGAAAGGCUUGAUAAUAAUAAAUCUUUACCGAAAUUAUUAGAAGCCGUUGAUGUCUCCCCAGCUUAUUCUAAACGUCCUGGCCAUAAACAUAAAAUAACACAAUCAUCUGAUAAAGAAGAAGCUAUUGAAGACGUUGAAGUUGUAAGAAUUCCUCCAGCAAAACAUCCUGGUCGUAAACGUAAGAUAACACAGCCAUCUGAUGAUGAAAAAGGUGUUGAGGACGUCGAAACUAUCAGAAUUCCUCCAGCAAAACAUCCUGGUCAUAAAACUAAAGUAGCACAACCACCUGAUGAUGAGAAAGGUGUUGAAGAUGCUGAAACUAUCAGAAUUCCUCCAGCAAAACGUCCUGGUCGUAAAUGUAAAGCGGUAUCGGUUGGUUCGACUGUGGAUCUUAGAUCUGAUAUCGUUGGUUCGGCUGUGGAUCUUAGAUCUGAUCUGGGUUGGAAUUGGGUGGCUGUAGAUAUUGAUCCUUCGGCUUGGACUUUAGACGCUAACAUUUUGGACUUUCAGCUGGAUGGACGUUACUUAGACUUUCUUCUUUCGUAUGUCAGCUCUUGGAAUAGAUUGGAAUCGAGUUGUCUAAAUUCUUGA